AUGUACUUCACCUCCUUCAUCACAGCCAUCGGGGUCUUGGCCGUGAGCGCUAAAGCUGCUCCUGCUCCCGCCGCGUAUACCCGGUACGCCCAACUUCGCGUCUACGGAGAGCCCGGCUGUUUCGCGCAGAACCUGGGCGAGCUUGGUAUCUACGACAUCAACCAGUGUAAGAGCUUCGGUCACACCGACAUGAUCAAAUCUAUUUCUUUUGAAGUGAAUACUCCUGGAUGUACCCUCCAUGUUUGGAAUGAUGUGGCUUGCCAACUGAAUGACCAUGUAAUGAGUACUACCGGGACGUGUCUUGCUGGUGACAAGAGUUAUGGAAGUUAUGAGCUGCGCUGUGAUUUCUGA